AUGGACCAAAAGACCAUGCCCACACUGAUGGAGUUUGCUGCUAAAAGUCUGCUGAGUAAUGAGCCUGCAGCUAUCCAGGCACUGGAAGUCCUCCCUAAACACCUCUUCAUUCCAUUGUUCAAAACUGCUUUCUUAGGCAGACAGAAGGAGGUGCUAAAGGCAAUGGUCAGAGUUUGGCCCUUUCACUGUCUGCACAUUGGAACACUGAAUAUACAAGAACCACCCUAUGAAAUAUUGGAAGCCAUGGUGGAUGGUUUGCAGUUCAUCCCCGCCCAGAACACUCCUUCAGGGGACCCCAAACUGAGGAUCCUCGAUUUAAGGCAGUCCCAUGACUAUGGAAUAACAUGCUCUUACAGAGCCAAACAGUCUCUCUGUCUCCACUCUUGUGUUUAUUCGGAACACUCCAUCAUUAAAGUAGAAGAAGCCCUGAAUAGAGUUAGGUGCAGUGAAAUGGCUACUCCUGAGUCUGAGCCUGUGUCAGCCUGGAAACCCAUCGAAUUAGUAGUCAACCUUUCUUUCAAUUCUAACUUGAGAACAAAGAGAUUUCUAUAUUUUCUUAAGAGUAAGGUUGAGCAGAGCUUUGGGUCAUUGCACCUCUGCUGCAGAUAUUUGCAAAUCAAUCAAAUUUCUGUGCACACAAGUAGCCUUCAAAUACUGGAUCCAGCAUGCAUUGAUCACCUGGAAGUGAAUCGGGUUCAUCUGAAGACAGUCGUCACCCUUUUACCUCAGUUGAUUCACCUGAACAGCCUUACGCUAACUAGCAUCCCCUUCCAAUCUUGUAAUGGGCCCAACUUUGAGAUUUUUCUCACCUGGCUUGGGAAGCUGGACAUCCUUCAGGAGCUCAGCUUGUCUUUCUUCUACCUGUCAGAUCAACUACACAAACUACUCAGAGUCCUGCAGAGCCCUGUUCAUUUGAAUACACUGAAUCUACCUUUCUGUGAUCUUUCUAACAAAGAUCUCACUGUACUCUCACAAAGUUCUCAAGUAAAUCACUUAAAGCGACUGGAUCUGAGCAACAACCAGAUAAUUGUGGGAGGCUAUGAGCCCUUCCUGACUCUACUGGAGAGGGUGUCUGGCACAUUAGAGUAUCUGGAGAUAAAUAACUGCAAAAUCACUGACUCUUCUCUCUCUGCUAUCCUCCCAGCCCUGGGUCGCUGUUCUCACCUCCGUUUCUUGAGCUUGGCCUACAAUUCCCUCACAAUGUCUGCACUCCAAAACCUUCUACAAAGUUUAACAGCUUUGAUGGAUCUGAAACGUGUAGUUCAUCCUGUCCCUGUCCACUGUUACGAACAAGGUAGUUUCAGAGGCAGUUUGGACCGUCGUAAACUUGCUGCAGUGAAGGCCCAAUUGAACUUGAUGCUACAGACGGCACAGCGGAAUGACAUGUACUGGACCACUUAUCCUGAAUGA